AUGCCCGGUUAUGCAAAGUUCAUAAAAGAUCUUGUGACCAAAAGAAGGAGUCCCGACCUUGAAACAUUGGGAGGCACUCAUCAUUGUAGUGCAAUUAUUACCAAAUCUUUGCAUCAAUUUGAUGCCGCUAUCUAUAUUCAACAAGUUGGGAUUGGGCACUCCCCAUCCCACCACGAUGAGAUUACUUAUGGCAGACAGAGCCGUAAAGAGGCCCAUUGGCAUUCUUUAUGAUGUGCUUUUCCCAUAAUCAUGGGAAGACCAUUCUUAGCUACGGGGCGUGCUCUCGUGGAUGUGGAGAGAGGUGAUUUGAAAUUUAGGAUGAAUGAUGAAGAGAUCACUUUCCAUAUUUGCAAGUCAAUGAAACAACCGGCGGAUAUGAGUGUUGUGUCGGUUAUUGAUACAAUUGAUGAAGCAAUGGAGACAACCAUCGAACAUGAGCAUAUGGGUGAUAUGUUGGCAGCGGUGAUAAUGAACUAUGAAGGAGACAAUGAAGAAGAGUUUAAGGAAACGAUUAAUGCAUUGAUUGGGAUGGGGUCAUACCACCUCAAUCCAAAGAAGCUUGAUCUUGAUUUAGAAAAUCGAGAAACUCCUCCUGCAAAGCCUUCCAUUAUUGUGCCUCCUACUUUGGAACUCAAACCUCUUCCUUCACAUUUGAGGUAUGAGUUUUUUGGACCCAACAACACAUUGCCCGUGAUUAUAUCCGCCCGAUUGAUGGACAAACAAAGAGAGAGAUUGAUGGUGAUCUUGAGAAGAUACAAAAAAGCUAUUGGAUGGUGUAUUGCAGAUAUCCAAGGGAUUUCGCCCGGUAUUUGUACUCAUAAAAUUCGACUGGAUGAAGAAUGUGAGCCAAGCGUUGAACAUCAAAGGAGGUCAAAUCCUCCUAUGCAAGAGGUUGUGAAGGUCGAAAUCAUCAAGUGGUUUGCAGGAAGGGAUUAUUAUUGCUUUCUUGAUGGUCAUUCUGGGUACAACCAAAUCACCAUUGCUCCCGAGGAUCAAGAGAAGAGCACGUUCACUUGUCCUUAUGGGACCUUUGCUUUCAAGAGGAUGCCCUUCGGGCUAUGUAAUGCACUCGCAACUUUUCAACGUUGCAUGAUGUCUAUUUUCUCCGACAUGGUUGAGGAGUCCAUUAAAAUCUUCAUGGACAACUUUUCCGUGGUAGGGGAUUUCUUUGAUGAAUGCUUGGAGAAUCCUGCCCAAGAAUUGAACAUAUGUGAAGAGACAAACUUGGUUCUAAAUUGGGAGAAGUGUCACGUCAUGGUUAGAGAAAGCAUUGUCUUGGGGUUUUAUAGAAGAUUCAUCAGGGAUUUCUCGAAAAUAUCUAACCCUCUAUGCAAAUUAUUAGAGAAGGAUUCGAAGUUUGUAUUCAAUGAUGCUUGUUUGAAGGCAUUUGAGGGCUUGAAAGAGAGACCCAUAUCGGCUUCCAUCAUCAUUGCUCCGGAUCGAUCCCAACCAUUUGAGUUGAUGUGUGAUGCAAGUGGAUUUGCCCAGGGGGUUAUUCUUGGCCAAAAGCGUGAUAAAAUCUUCCACCCAAUUUACUAUGCAAGUAAGACUCUAAACGGUGCCCAAAUGAAUUACACUGUCACUGAGCAAGAGUUUCUUGCUAUUAUGUUUGCUUUUGAGAAGUUUCAGGCUUACUUGUUGGGAACCCAUGUGAUUGUUCGCACUGAUCAUGCGGCUCUAAGUUACGUCAUGACAAAGAAAGAUGUAAAAUCGAGAUUGACAUGUUGGGUCCUUUUCUUGCAAGAGUUUGACUUUGAAGUCAAAGAUAGAAAGGGUUGUGAAAAUCAAGUGGCGGACCAUUUGUCUCGUCUUGAAGAGGGUGGGCGUCCAUUGGAUGGCCUAGAAAUCAAUGAGUCAUUCCCGGAUGAGCAAGUAAUGGCGGGAUCACAUGACAUGAUCCCUUGGUAUGCCCAUUUUGCUAACUUUCAUGCGAGUGACAUCAUGCUUGAGGAUUUGAACUUUCACCAAAAGAAAAAGUUUUUGAGUGAUGUUAAAUUGUUUGAUGUAUGGGGCAUUGACUUUAUGGGUCCAUUUGUGAGUUCCUACAACAACAAGUACAUUCUUGUGGCGGUAGACUACGUAUCUAAAUGGGUGGAAGCUAUUGCUCUCCCUAAUAAUGAAGGAAGGAGUGUCACCGCAUUCUUGAAGAGGCAUAUUUUCUCAAGGUUUGGAACCCCAAGGGCAAUCAUUAGUGAUGGGGGCUCUCAUUUUUGCAACCGGUUAUUCAAGACUCUUCUUGAGAAGUAUAGAGUAAUGCAUAAAGUUUCCACCCCGUAUCAUCCCCAAACAAGUAGACAAGUUGAAGUCUCAAAUAGGGAGAUCAAGAGCAUACUCUCCAAAAUAGUGAAUGCUAACCGGACUGAUUGGUCAAAGAAAUUAGAUGAUGCUUUAUGGGCUUACCGAACGGCUUACAAGACACUAAUUGGCAUGUCUCCUUAUCAAUUGGUGUUUGGCAAAGCUUGUCAUCUUCCGGUAGAACUUGAACAUAAGGUAUUGUGGGCCUUGAAAAAGUUUAAUCUAGAUUGGGGUGAUGCCACAAACUUGAGGAUGGAACAACUUAAUAAGCUUGAUGAAUUUCGACUUAGAGCUUAUGCUAGCUCUUCACUCUUCAAGGCCCGCAUGAAGCACUUCCAUGAUAAGAAGAUCUUGCAAAGAGAAUUUAGUCCCGGGGAUCACGUAUUGUUAUUCAACUCAAGGCUCCGGUUGUUUCCCGGAAAGUUGAAAUCCAAAUGGUUCGGCCUGUUAGAAAUCACCCAAGUGUUCCCACAUGAAACAAUUGAAUUUGUUUGCCCAAGUGGCAAUAAAAUCAAGGUGAACGAGCAAAGGGUGAAACAUUACUCGGGAUCCCAGAAUGAAGCAAAGCUGGCUCGAACAAAGAAAGCACAAGGUGGAGGAAAAAGGGCAACACGACAAGCCUCCACCUCUAAAAGAAAAGAAAAGGCACCUGCGGAUCCGGUCCUCCAGUCUGAAGAGGGGACACAUGAGGCUUCCUCACCAGAACCCGAGGAUGCCAUCACAAGAGGUGAAAGAAGGGAAGCGGUAGAGAAAAGGUUCACCGUGCCUGGAUCCAGAGACGUGUACCUCGUCAAUGUGGGGGUAAUUAUCAGGGAUGCGAUAAAAAAUAAGUCCACUCAAAAAGGCACAUCAUUCCUUUUUCCUUGCUUGAUCACUGAACUAUGCCGAAGAAAGAAGGUUCGUGAUAUUCCUCGGAUGGACAGGAUGUUAAAGGCUGACCAAAUGAUAGAUUACACCAAAUUGGAACUGGGGAGUAGAAAGAAGAAGCGGGUGAGUCCACAGCCGAGAGCCUCGGCGACAGUGUUUGAUGCUCAUAUUCUUGAGCCCGAGGACUUGGACACUGAUGAUGAUGCUACUGCUCCUAGUUCUGUGCCUCCUGCUCCGAGGCCUGACCUUUCGAGUGCUCCUUCCUCUACUACAGGUCCUUCUGCACCUAUUCCACCACCCACCACAGCAACUCGUGGGGUUUCUAGCCAGGGUAUGCGAGUGCUUCGGGCAGCUGAUGCCAAGGUUAAUUGGCUUGUGGAGAAGCUUCCCAAUUUUGUGAAAGAGGCUAUUGAAACAGCUAUGGCACCAUAUACAUAG